UGUGCCGAGGCGGGUGGCUGCUCUCACACGUCAUGGACGCAGCAUUGUGGGAGUAUCGACGUUUGUUUCUGCUAUCAGUCAGCUGAGUGAAGCUUGUUUAUCACUGGCCUGACCUGGCAAAGUGUCGCACGUUUCUGUAUGUCUGCGAGGCAGAAUGGGUGGGAGUCACAGACGUGGUGUGCGAAUCCUCUUGAUUGGGGAUGCAGGUGUAGGAAAAACCUCUCUUAUACUCUCCUUAGUUUCCGAGGAAUUUCCUGAACAAGUUCCCCCACGAGCAGAAGAAAUAACAAUCCCCCCAGAUGUGACCCCAGAAAAAGUCCCCACACAUAUUGUAGAUUAUUCUGAACGGGAGCAAAGUGUUGAUCAGUUACGCUCCGAGAUAAAUCGAUCUGAUGUCAUAUGUGUGGUCUACAGUGUUGAGGAUGAGGACACAUUAGACAGAGUCACUUGCCAUUGGCUACCCUUAAUCAGAUCAACUUUAGGCCAGCAGCACCAUAUUCCAGUCAUUCUAGUUGGCAAUAAAGUUGACCUUGUAGAUUAUUCUACCAUGGAAAUUGUAUUGCAGACUAUGAUGGAAUAUCCAGAAAUCGAGACGUGCGUUGAAUGCUCAGCAAGAACACUCAAGAACAUAUCUGAAAUGUUUUACUAUGCUCAGAAAGCAGUACUUCAUCCUACAGCACCUUUGUAUAUUCUAGAGGAGAGAGAUUUGACAGAAAAGUGCAAGAAGGCUUUAAUAAGAAUUUUUAAGAUUUGUGAUACUGACAAUGAUGGUCUACUUAAUGACCAGGAGCUCAAUACUUUCCAGCGACGAUGCUUCAAUGCACCUCUCAACCCUCAAGCACUAGAAGAGCUGAAGACGGUUGUGCAGCGUAAUGUGUCGGACGGUGUUCAUGCUGAUUCUCUUACUUUACGGGGCUUCCUCUUUCUACAUCGCCUAUUUAUUCAACGUGGUCGCCAUGAAACAACGUGGACUGUUUUAAGAAAAUUUGGUUAUAAUGACAAUCUUCAGCUCUCAAAGGACUACUUAUUUCCACCAAUUCGAAUACCACCUGGCUGCAGCACAGAGCUUAACCAUGCUGGCUACUCCUUCCUCACUUCGCUUUUUGAAAAAUAUGAUAAUGACAAGGACAGUGCACUAAGCCCACAAGAGCUCAUAGAUCUCUUCUCUACUUGUCCUGUUAUGCCAUGGGGUCCCGAUGUCCUCAAUUCUGUUCACACAAAUGAAAAGGGGUGGAUUACAUUGCAAGGCUAUUUAGCUCAGUGGACACUCUGGACUUUACUAGAUAUUCAGAGAACAUUAGAGUACUUUGCAUAUCUUGGGUAUUGUGGAUCUGGUGAUGACAAUCAACUUUCUGCUAUCACAGUAACUCGGGAGAAGCGAAUUGACCUGCAAAAGAAACAAACCAUGCGGAACGUAUAUCAGUGCCAUGUUAUUGGACCUCGUGACGCUGGCAAAACGACUUUCUGUCAGGGGCUUCUUAGCAGAACUUUAGAGGAAGUGCAAGACAUUGCUCCAGAUAGAUUGUCUCGACACACCAUCAGCACAUUACAAGUUUAUGGUCAAGAAAAGUAUCUUGUUUUGCAUGAUAUUGAUGUCCACAACAUAACUGAUGCCCUCAUGCCCAAUGAAGUCCAGUGUGAUGUAGCAUGCUUGGUAUAUGAUGUGUCAAAUCCUAAGUCAUUUGAAUAUGUUGCUAGAAUAUAUUUGAAAUACUUUAGUGAAACGUCCAUCCCAGUAUUGUUUGUUGCCAAUAAAAGUGACAUGUCUGCAGUACGUCAAGAUUAUAUUCACCAGCCAGUCUCGUUUUGUCACAAGCACAAGAUCCCUCCACCACACACAUUUUCUUCUGCAGUUCAGCCUAAGAAAGACAUUUACACUAAGUUAGCAACAAUGGCAGCAUAUCCUCGAUUUCAAGCUGCUUGGAUGCUCUUUUACCGAAGCAGCACCCUCCGUCGUUUAGUGCACAUGCUUCUGUUGCGGCCAGACUCAUCUUAUAUGGCAAGACACUUGAAGCAGCUAGGUGUGGUUGUAGGUGAACAUAGUACCUGGCUGAAAGUUGGCUUGGGUGUGGCUGCCAUUGCUGCCUUUGCUCUCCUCUUGGCUAGAGCCUUUCAUUCUGCAAAUAGAUAGUCAAUCAAGGCAGUAAAUUUUGUCCUUAGCUCUUUGCUGCCUGAUCCAGGAAUGGACCAUACGAAGUGGAUAGGGGUACAUUUUUUUUUGUUGUGCAGCUGUGCUAGCUGGUGUGUAGAAUAAAUCACAAUACCAUGGUUGUAACAUUUCACAACUGUGGAAACUGACAAAUUGGAGAUGAAAAUUGAACAGUGUUUCUAACCAUCCUGGACCAUUAUUAUUGUUUUUGAAUUACAUUCACAAAAAAAAGUGCUAGAUUAUUUGGGCCACUUUGUGCUCACAACUUUAUAAUGGUCCACAAGAGAGAAUUAUUAUAAUCAAAUAAAGCCUAAACCGCCGAGGGUCACGCAAUGCUGCGAAGCAGAAAAUAGUGCGGGGGGCUAUAAACAGCUAGGUGGAGUGGGAAUUAGAGGUGAGGGGAGAAAAGGGCUGGAAGAGAUGCUAAGCACCGUGUCAAAGUUCUUAUAGUAAAGGUAAGAGCAGCUAAAAGCAUGCAUUAUCUUGGCUUUCUUUAUAUCUUUGGAGGCUGACUGCAGCCACAGCUGCUGCACCUUCCACUUUAAUUUCUCGACAUUGGCCUGCACUACCUGACUGCAAAGCUUCUCAAUUUUUUUUUAUCAGCCUCAAAAAUCAUGAGCUCAAGAUCCUUGAUGUGCAUCACUAGGGUAGAGCUCUCCAUCUUCACCCCUCAAGGGAGGUUCCUUGAUGCUGGUGAGGGGCUCUUGAUCUAGGGAAUUGGAUCUGUGCUCCAGUUCCCUGAAUUGAGCCUGAAUACCUUCCAUUCCCCCCAACGUAUGCUAUAUAAUCCUAUGGGUUUAGCACUCCCCCAUGGUAUACAUCUCCAUCUUCAGGUUCUCCAGCUUACCCUCCAGGCUGAUCUUGGUAUCUUGAGUCUCUUUCAGCUGAGACUGCAUCUUCAUUAUAUGUUCCAGUUCUUUUUCCUCGCAGAUUUGUUUUUCAGCACUUGCCAGUUUCAGUUGAAGAAUUUUCUUUUUAGAUUUCUGGAUCUUGGUGAACAUCUGACAUUUAGCUUCCUUAUUGUCUGUGUCUGUCUGAAUACUGGCAAUGUUUUCAGAGUAGUCAUUUAAUUUAUAGUAAAAUUCUGCAAUUACUCAAAAAACCUUUUGGUUUUCUCUGGUUUGGGAUUAAUAAGAUCAGCAGACUCAAAGGAAUCACCAUCAUAUAUACAGUGGUACCCUGACUUAAGAGUUUAAUUCGUUUCGUGACCGAGCUCAUAACUCAAUUUGCUCGUAUGUCAAAUAAAUUUUCCUCGUUGAAAUUAAUUGAAAUCCCAUUAAUCUGUUCCAGCCCUCCAAAAACCACCCCAGGGACAGGAGAAAAUACUUCAAUAUAAUAACAAUAAUAACCCUACAGCUUGUUUAUGUAUCAGUAUUGACUGAACAUGACAUACGUAACAGAAACAUGAUAUAUACUCUAGAAUGAAUAAAAUAGGCCAUAAUAUGUUGUGUCAAGAACCAGUCUGAGCAUAUAAAAUCAUUACUGCUCUCUUCUAUAACAUGUUCUUUGAUCCUGGGUAAGAGAAAACUGAGUUUUUGAGAGGCUAACUGCUGUAUAGUCCUUGUGGCUUAGCACUUCUUUUUUAUUAUAAUAAUAAUGAGGCUAACUGCACUAGAUCACUAGUGCAGUAAUACAUGAAUAUCUUGGAAGUAAAUUAUUGACUUAUUUCAUGAAUCCCACCAUUUAUUAUUGAAGUAAAUGCAAUAAUAUUGACAGGAAUCAUGAAAAAAAUGAUUGUUUUACAAUUGGCUUGUGGAAUAUUGGAAAUAUUCAAAAUAUUUUGGAAUUUGUUUGGGAGUAAAGGGCAAGAUAUUUUGCAAAUGUCAAAAACUUAGUAACUUUAUUUUUUUGUAGAAUAACUAAUGAUAAUUACACGAUUAUCUCCAGUGUGAACGCCGCACUAGCAUUGUUUCUUGGGUUGCAUUGAAAAUUGGGUUGGGCAAAUGUUUUGUUAGUGGGAUGAAUUGUAAAGGACCUGCAUAGUAUGGGCCAACAGGCCUCCUGCAGUGUUUCUCCUUUCUUAUGUUCUUAUGUUUUCUAAGUACCAAGUCCCAAAACCACCUUUCGUUGUGCCAUUUAGGCAGGAAUUCUUGCCAAAUGUCAUUUUCAGUAAUUUUUUUUUUUUGCUCGUAACUUGGAUUUUGGCUCGCAACUCAAAGAAAAAAUCGACCGAGCGACAGCUCGUAACUUUGAGAACUCGUAAGUCAAGGUACCACUGUAUAGCUGAGAAUCAUUCUGAUGACCUUAGUAAAAGCCAUUAUCCUCAUCACACUCAGGAACAUCUGAUGUUGCUGUAUUGAAUCACAUGCAUACAUCAAACAGGAUCAGAUUAAUCUGCGCCAAGUUGGCUCCAAAAUCACGGAUGAACUGAAAAUAAAUCAUCUGCACAAAGUCAGGUUUACACUGUAAUGUCACUGACAGAAAUCUUUGGGUCAAAUACCUGAGCAAAACUGCUAGCAAGUUGCUCAUCAAUAGAUUCCAUCUUGCUCCUGUGUUCUUGCAAGUUGUCAGUACAGCAGAGCUGAGUGAAUACCCCAUGAGAGGGAAACAUUAUCCAAUUUUCAGCUCCAGUUUAUGAUCAGUUGUGGAAUAUAGAAUAUGAUGUUUACAAAUAGGUAAUGUGGUAGGUGCAAGUCUUUUCAGUUUGUAAAUUAAUAUUAAAAAUUUUUUUUUUUUUACUUAGUCUUGAAAAUUUUUCAUUGAAGUCAUCAAGAUGGUGUAUACCACAUGUCUUGAUUAUUGUAAAAUUGUAAAUUGUCAAUAAUAAUGCUUUGAUAAGUUUAUCACACCAUAAUUUUUUUUUUUUUAAUAAUACAGUAUACCUGGUAUGCAAUAAAGGGUAGAUACUAAAAUGGGUUUUUGCUUAUUUGUAUUCAGAAAUAUCUUAAUCAAAUUUGCCUGUAAUUUACCACAUUUCUUCUUUAAUCACAAAAUGCAACCCAUUACAAAGACAAAAUGCUAGUAAUGAAUAUUUUAAUCAUUUUAAUUGCCACAUUUUAUACCAGGCCAAAAGUGAUUAGGCUGUAAUGAGGAAUGCAGUUAUUUAAAUUUGGUCAAAGCAAAACUACAGUAUAUAUAAGCUAGUGAUGUGCAAUCCAUAUGGGUUUAGUACUUUUUUUUGUGAAUAUAAUAGUGUAUAUAACUGUUUAAAGAUCAGAAGUGUGACAUUUAUUUAAUCUUCCUGUUUUUAUACAAAUAUAUCAUGACAAUAUAAUUAGAUGAAAAGUCAGUAUUUUUUAUAAAGUACUUUGCCAGUAAAAUAUUUAAAUAUCUGCAAGUCUCAAAGUUUUUAAUUCUUUUUCAAUAAUUAUUGGCUGUCAUGGAAACUUAUUUUUAGUAAAUCAUAAACCUAUAUUAACCUGGUCUCAAAGAAUAACUAAGUUCACAAAUUAUUUUAAGAAUAUUUUGUCUAUUUUAUGAAGAAAGUUUAUACAAGACAAUUUGUUGCUCUUAUUCAAGUUCAGUGAUUUCCAAUAGACUUUUCACCUGACAGUUUCUAUUAUAUUCAAUAUAUGUUUUAUAUCUGGGUAACUUGAUUAUACUAUAGUAAUAUUCCCCUCAGGGGAGGUGCCUUGAUGCUGGUGACAGGGUUCUUGAUCCAAGCAACUGGACCUCUCCCCUUCCUUGGAUUGAACUCAGUUGCCUUAUUCCCCAAGUGCUGUAUGACCCUGAUGGGUUUAGCACUUCCCCCUAAAUAUAACGAGCAGUAUUCUGGAAGCGUAAAUAUUGGGUAGAUGGUAUCCCAGACGCUAAUUUGGGUAAGAAUGUUCAUACAUGUAUGUAAAAGAUAAUCUUUCAUAACCCCAGUUUUUAUAUUUCCUUACUUAGUGUCAGUAUCUUGCAGGCUAGUAUUUAACUAACAGAUGUGCAAUAUUACUUCCAUUUUUCAAUACAUUUCUAAUUAUAUUAUUUAUUCAUGGAGUAUAAAAAUGUAAGAGUUGACAGCAGGAAUUAUAUCCUAAUGUUUUUGAGCAAGAUUAAAGGAUGGAACAAUAUGCUUACAUUCUAUGUACAGUUUUUCAAAGCUGCUAAUGCUGGAAAAUUAGGAAAAAAGAAAAAACUUCCCACCAGUUGGAAA